GCCGGUCGUCAGUUCCAGUCGAACCGGUGGAGCGGUCGGUCGCGAAUUCUGACUCAUCCAUCGUUACUACAAAAAAUCAAUAGGCGAAGCCUACUUGCGAUAAACCGAUCGAUAAGUUCAAAACACAGUGCGAUUUUAGGGGGGCCAUGUGUUGUGGCGUGUCGCAUCGUGACGUCGUGACGGUCAAUGUCUGUACGUGAUUAGGGAUUUGGAUUUGGUACCGAGGUCGUCGGUGGGUCUCGAGAACCGUUUUGUAAUCAAGUAGGCGCGUGUGUGGUUCUUUCUUGCCGUUUUGUUUUUUCGCCUGCUGCGUCGAUUGCUGACUGUUUCAAUUUCUUGCUGGGUUUCACCGCAUUGGCGCAAUUAUCAAACAGAGAUAAUCACCGGUCACUGGUGAGGCCUCCGCGGCGCCACAUAAUUCGCGCGAGUCUCUCCGCUCUUAUCGCACACGUAACUCACGCGCUCUUUCCAAGAAAAUAAGAAAAAAUAAAAUCAAUGCGCGAUUACAGCGCCACCACAUGGCUUAGACUAAACCUAAACCCGCAACAAGCUCACACAGGAACGUAAUCUCCGACUCGGGCCGGCAGCACCAUGAAGGUUCUGUUCCGUCGCAAAAGUGGCUUCCUGCUGCUUCUGGUCUGUGGCCUGCUCUUCAUCUUCUGGAACAACGUGUACUUGUUCCACGAACCGAAGGUGCGCCGGAGGGCCACUUUGGCGGAUGACCCCGGGAACCACGCCAACGUCAGCUUGGAAGCGAUCAAUCGCCACUGGCACGACCUGUUCGCUGCCCGGAAGUCGACGAACCUAACCGCCGGCAACGCAAACACCUUCCAGCGGCACUACUUCAACGUGGACCAGAGUGACCGGAUUGGGGCGGAACGGCCACUGCCGGACACGCGACACGCCAACUGCCAUUCCCGCGACUUCCAACUUCCGGCGUCCCCGCAACGCUCCACCACAUCUGUGAUAAUCACGUUCCACAACGAGGCAACCUCGACGCUGCUCCGAACCAUUACGAGCGUCCUUGCGCGCACUCCGGCCGACUUCCUGCACGAAAUUAUCGUCAUCGACGACGCCAGCACGGUCCUCGAGGAUGAGCUGGACUUUUUGCAGCGGGUGCCGCUGGUUCGCUUCCACCGGAACUACGUCCGCGAGGGAUUGAUCCGUUCCAGGAAUAUUGGCGUAGCUUACGCCGGCGGAGAUUUCGUCGUGUUUCUGGACUCUCACUGCGAGGUAAACCGUGGAUGGCUGGAACCGCUGCUGGACCGGAUGGCCGUGGAUCCGACGGCCGUUCUGAGUCCAGUGAUUGACAUUGUGGACGCGGGGAGUUUCGAGUAUCGAGCAAACUCGGCCCGGCUUCGCGGUGGCUUCGACUGGAGUCUCCGCUUCCGGUGGCUUCCGAUCGGGGAGGAGGAGCUCGAGCAUCGGAACUAUGACGAUUCGCUUCCGUUCUACAGUCCCGCGACUUCCGGAGGGAUCUUUAUGGUGUCGAAGGCCCUGUUUCAGCAGCUCGGGGGUUUUGACGGAGGGUUGGAGAUUUGGGGCGGAGAAUCGUUGGAGUUUUCGCUGAAGGCGUGGCUUUGCGGAACGCACAUCGAGGUGGUUCCGUGCUCGCGGGUUGGCCACGUGUUCCGCAAGAAGCAUCCGUACGCGUUUCCGCAGGGCAGCAGCACCACGUAUCUCAAAAACACCAAACGCAUCGCGGCCGUCUGGCUGGACGAGUUCGCCAACUUUUUCGCCCAGGCGCGGCCCGAGUCCGCCGCACUCACGGCCACCGGUUCGUCGUCCCUGCGCGACCGCCACGACCUACGCGCCCGUCUACGCUGCCGCAAGUUCGCCUGGUACUUGCAGAACGUGUUCCACGAUCUGAAACUCCCGAACCAGGACCACGUCGCGUUUGGUCAGUUGCGCCACGGCGGCGACCGGUGCUUGGACGUGCGGGCCAGGUUCGCAAGGAGGAAGCGUAGCCGGAAGGGGGAGGAAGGAGGGUUGGUGUUGCUGGUGGAGUGUGGCGAGGGCGAUGGAGGGGGGAGCAGCAGCAAGUGGUCACUCAAUCGGAACAGUGGCCAGCUGAGCACGGAUUCGGGGGCGUGUUUGAGCGUUGGCGAAGAGCGGAAGGUGUUGCUGGAAAAGUGCCAUGACGGGGAAGGACAGCGGUGGGAUAGGAUUGGGGUAACGCUGGUCCACCGGAGCAGCGGGUUGUGUUUGGAGAGUUUGGUUGAGGCGGCCGUUGGGGCUAGCGAGUGCCGCCGUGGGGCACCCAGCCAGCUGUGGAAUUCCAGGGUUGUUACGGAAAAGUCGAAAAAAAAUCCGCGCCAGAUCCGCGCCGACCCCAAAACCCAAUCCGCGCGAAAUCCGCGCCAUAUAAAAAAAAUCGCGACAAACAUAGAAGAGAGUAACAUAAUGAAUGAAAUUUUAAACGAAAAAAUUAUAAUACAGAAAGCAUUUGGAUCAGUGCCGUUCAUCAGUUUGUGGAUUCAUAUCCCACCUGCACCAAGUGGAACCUUUUUUGUCAUUUCUGAAACAAUAUUAGCAUUUUUUGUUACAAUUUAAAUAUCGUUGCUUUAAAAACAAAUUCAGGAAAAACAAUUAAAUUAAAUUAAAAAAUUAAAACCAUAAAAUAAAUCACCAAAUUUUAAAAUCUAGGGAUUUUGUACUCGAUAAUUCUCGCCAAAAUUUUACUCUGGAAAAUCGAAACACGAAAUUUCUAUUAUUUUCUUCUCUGAAUUUCUCUAAACUGAAAUAUGACUUCAAAAAU